AUGUCGCUCCUCGACUGUCCGAACGAAGUCCUCAUUCUCAUUGCUGAGGCACGCACUCCCUCCCAAUUUGACAUAAACGCUCUCACUCAGACCUGUCGUCGUUUUUAUCGACUUUUCAAUUCCAUAUUAUAUACCUGCGAUGCCGAACACCACAACGGAUCAGCCUUGUAUUGGGCUGCUACGAGGGGAAUGAAAACAACAGCCGAGAAGUCCAUUCAGUCCGGG